AUGGAAACAAAAGUAAUCUACUUCACGGUGAACGGGAGACCGGAGCAGGCGGAGUUCCCAGUCGACUGUCCGGCUCAGGAUGUCAAAGAUCUGUUCCGCUCUGCCGCCGAGGCCGGACCCCAUGACAUCCUGAAACUGUACAACCCAAAAGGCAACAUCAUCAACAUUUCUCCGAGCCUUGAACCCAACAGCCCCAACCUGUGCUACAAGCUAGAGGUGGUGGCUGCCGACUGCAACAGUGAGCUGUUAGGUGCCGAGCUUGCUGGUGCACUAGGAUUUGACCUGUCAUCCAUGGAAAAAAGACUGCAGGGCCUGGAGAAGAAAAUCCUCAUCGAGGCUGGCGAGACCCCUGCAGUUGUGUAUGAGAUGAAGAAGCAGGUGGAUUCAUUCAGAGAGAAACUGGAGAGUGUGGAGCAUCUAAGCUGGCUGGGGCUGUUCAAAGAUCUCUCGGAGGGAACCCACAAGCCCUCGCCGUUCUACCACAAAAGGACGCUGCGUAAAACCAGGGAAGAGUGUGAACAUGUGCGGGAAAAGUUCCUGCAAAUGAGCUCUUUGGAGGUAUCUGAGGAAGUGAGGCAGUACCUGAAGACACCAACCUUUGAUAACUGGCAGUGGGAGGAUGCAGAGAUCAUGGUGCUCCUGCAGGUCAUGUACACAGAUUUAGAUUUCAUACCAACCUUCAACAUCGAGCCCGAAGUCUUGCAGCAGUUUCUGUUCGAAAUCUAUCGCAGAUACAACAACAUCCCUUUCCACAACUUUAAACACUGCUUCUGUGUGACCCAGAUGAUGUAUGGUUUGAUCUGGCUGACUGACCUGAGGAGUAAGAUGGACAGCAUUGACCUGCUGAUUAUGCUGACCUCUGCAGUCUGCCACGACCUCGACCACACGGGAUACAACAAUGCCUAUCAGAUAAACGCUCGGACUGAACUCGCUCUGCGCUACAAUGACAUCUCUCCUCUGGAGAACCACCACUGUGCUGUAGCUUUCGAGAUACUGGAGAGGACAGAGAGCAACAUCUUCAGGAAUCUGUCCAUGGAUCAGUACAAACGGAUACGAGAGGGGAUCAUCAAAUGCAUUCUGGCCACCGACAUGUCGAGGCACAAUGAGGUUCUCAACAAGUUCAAGUCCAUCCUUCCAGUGUUUGACUUCACCAACAAGGACCACAGAGAUGUGCUAAUGACGAUCCUGAUCAAAGUGAGCGACAUAUCCAACGAGGCCCGGCCCAUGGAGGUGGCUGAGCCCUGGCUGGACUGUCUUUUACAGGAAUUCUUCAACCAGAGUGACGUGGAGAAAUUGGAGGGCCUUCCCGUUACCCCCUUUAUGGACCGGGACAAAGUUACCAAACCUUCGUCUCAAACAGGCUUCAUCAGAUUUGUUCUUCUGCCUCUCUUCAUCGAGCUGGCCAACCUCUUCCCCUGCCUGGAGCAACACAUUAUCGAUCCUGUCCGGAAAGCUCUCGACUACUACACAGAGAUGGAGAAAGCUCUGGAGACGGAGCAGCAGAACAGGGCUCAGAGCGAGAACGCAGCCAAGAGCAAGGAGGCAGCGGGAGGCCGACAAGACAGCCAGACGGACGCCGGGCCAGACACCUCGGAACCAGAGUCACAGUCAUGA